AUGGCGUCCUCUCUGGCUCCUGUCACAGCAGAAAGGAGGACGGCGUUUUCCAUAGAUCGGAUUCUGGGUUUGGAGCUGGAAAGGCCCGGGAGCUGCAUGGGACUCCACCGACCGUGGACAGAAGUCGGAGCUGAGAAGGAAAACAGAGGAAACGGCCUUUACUCAAAGCAACAACAGCGUCAUGAACAACGGCAGCAUCAUCCUCAGCAGCUGAACUCUCCCAGGCCCACGUCAAGCUGGUACAUAGGACGGAGACCACGCACAGCCUUCACUAACAACCAGGUGAACGUACUGGAGACAGUGUUUCAGGUGAACUGUUACCCCGGCAUCCAGCUGAGGGAGCAGCUUGCAGGGAGACUCGACCUGGAUGAGGAUCGAAUACAGAUCUGGUUUCAGAACCGGCGAGCCAAGCAUCGGCGUUCUCUCAGAGAAACCCGACUGCGCCUGGUCCAGACGGCCGUGGCCGACCUUGGACACGAGGUCAUAGGUCAACUGAAGGUUGAGCAGGACGGACGCGGUGACCAGGGGCUCGCUCGACGCCUCGCCUCUCAUCUCCAGCUUCAGGUGGAGGAAGAGGAGCGGUGA